AUGAAGAUUUGUGAAUACUGUGAAUCGACUGCCCCUGGAUACCGUUUCAUUCACAUGUACAAGCCUGCAGUCUCGCAAGUUUUCUAUGACUGUGUGAUCAACAACAACAUCAAUUUCCAUGCAAAUCCUUUUGCUGUUGAGAGUGGUUCAAACAAUGGAUGCGGUAUUUCACCAUCUGCCGCUCAUUCGUUUACUCACAACAGUCAAUUGGAGCCAAAUAUUGUUGAACCAGGACCGUCGACAUCAACGGCAACCGAUUCUGGUAGAUAA